UAUCAGCGCCUGCCAUGGGGAAUCCGGUUUCCCGACGGAGCCGUUGCUGCGGCAACCUCGGGGCUGGGAUUGGGGAGCUCUUGUUCGCUCCACAAGAGGCUCCUCUGUGUGCGGGUCACCCGAUAGCCCCCCCGGGCUCCCCCCCCGGCUCCAUUGGCUCCCAUUGCACGGCCCAGGACACCGGAUCCAGCGGAGGGAGGAGGGAUGGGAUGGAGCCGGCAGUGGUGCUGAGUGAUGGGGAUGCCGGGAUCCCACUGGGGCAUCCGAGGCUCUUCCAGGAAACCCUCCCGUGGCUCUAGAUGUGCUUUAAGCUCCUUCCAACCCAUUCCCGUGAUUCCAUGAUCCUAUGACCCACAGGGCACAGCCUCAUGGCAAAGGUCAAAGCAGGACCCAAACACCCCCAAAGUGACUCAGCAUCCCCAUCCCAUAGCACUGAUGGGGCUGGAUGUGCUCCUGUCCACCAGCCUGGAGCGCUGUGGGGUGAAGCGGCCCCUGGGUACCACGGAUGCGGGUUCCCUGUAUCCCGGCCCCCGGCAGGGGGGCCCAGCGGUGCCAGCCGGACUGUCCAGCCCUGGUAUCAGAUCCUCCCGCAGGGAGGGGGCCUGGAGCUUAUUUAACGGCCCCGCUUAGCCCAGCCCGGAGCACUCGGAGCAGCAGAGCUCAGCCGGAAUCAUGGCCUCGCAGCUGGAAGGGGCCAUGGAGACGCUCAUCAACGUCUUCCAUCACUACUCGGGCAAAGAGGGGGACAAGUACAAGCUGAGCAAGAAGGAGCUGAAGGAGCUGCUGCAGAGCGAGCUGGGCUGCUUCCUGGAGACCCAGAAGGACACGGGAGCCGUGGAGAAGAUCAUGCAGGACCUGGAUGAGAACGGCGAUGGGGAAGUGGACUUCCAGGAGUACGUGGUCCUGGUGGCCGCCCUGACCGUGGCCUGCAACACCUUCUUCUGGGAGAGCGCCUGACCCCAUCCCGGCUGAGCACCCCAAAGCACAGAGCAUCCUGUCCCCAGCUCCCCUCCGCUUCCCAGCCCGCAGCAUCCCACUGGGAUCCAGCUCCAUAAUAAAGGCAGCCCU